ACACUGUUGGACCAACGGUGCAUUUCCGUAUCAACAGUAUCGCUCAGUGGUCGCGUCUCCGGGUUUCCUCCAUUGUUAAAGUGGAAAAUUAUUGAAUCCAUAGAUUGUGUUAGUGUUUGGGAUGUACCGGGAUAAACGGGAAUGGCUUCACUAACGCUCCCGUCUCUCUGCUGGGCUCUGCUGUUCCUCUUCGUCGUGCUUUUCGCUGAAGGUGAAGCCCAGAACACCGUCACAGCCGAGCCUGGACAGGACGUAGUUCUACCAUGUCAAAUUCCGACAGGCAAAAUCAUCCAAGGUUUGAAGUGGAGCAGAGCUGACCUGGAAGAAUAUGUGCUUUUUUUCCGGGAUGAGCGGCUGGAUCCAGAUGGCCAGCAUCCGUCUUUUAAGAACCGGGUGGAUCUGCAGGACAGGAAGAUGAAUAACGGAAACGUGUCUCUGGUUCUGAAAAAUGUGACGACUGCUGAUGAUGGAUCGUACAAUUGUAAUAUUUUCAACAAAGAGACAAGAUCAUGGGAGAGCAUCAACACCGUCAGCCUGACUGUUCCAGGUCAGACAGGACCAUCUGUUGGACUGAUCGCCGGUCUGAGUGGUGCUGCUGUGGUUCUUGUUGCUGCUGUUGUUGGUUUUGUGUGCUACAGAAAACAUGAACAACAGAAGCGGGAUUUUAACUAGCAUCCUCAUGAACAGCAGGUUUCAAAUGUCUCUACGGUUUAGUAUGUGUCAACUAACAAAACACUAAACUUACAAAACAA